AUGGCUCAUCAGAUAGCACGUGGACUGGAAUAUCUACAUUCUAAAAUGUGUAUUCAUAGAGAUAUCGCCACACGUAACUGUUUACUUUCUGGAAGUAUCGUGAAAUUAGCUGAUUUUGGAAUGUGUCGAGCAACAUUAGUGUAUAAAAUUGACCUUUCUAAGCCACUGAAUGUUCGAUGGCUAGCACCCGAGGUAUGGCGAUCAGGUGAAACUCGAUUUUGCACAGAUAUUUAUGCCUUUGCAAUCACACUUUGGGAGUUAUUUGAGAUACCGUAUAUACAUCCAUAUUCCACGUGGAAAGCAUACAAAGUCAAAGAAAAAGUAAUGGCAGGAUAUCGUUUACCAAGCCCAAGUGAUAUGCCAGAUAGUGUAAUAGCUCUGAUGCGAAAAUGUUGGGAUCAGGAGCCUAAGAGAAGGCCAACAGCUGCUGAAGCAUGCGCAGAACUUGAAAUCAUCAACAAGCAAUAUAAUGGCGAAGAAGAUAUUCGUACAGCAGUUUUCACGCACUCUCCAGCGUUUGAUGACUUAGCUUUAAGCUCCUCUCAACGUGGUCGUCCAUCCACUAUCGAACGCUAA